AUAUCUUAUUCCCCAAUUGGAGGUUUAUGUAUUUAGGAAAUGUGAGAUUUGUGGCGGGUUGUUUUUGGCGCGCAAAACAUCACAUCCACAUUUUAGGGUUUACACAGUGGCAUCUUCCACAGUUGUCGUUGCAAUCUUCUUUCUCUCUUCGCUCUGCAACUCAGAUCAUCACUUCACUUUCUCUUCGUUCAUUUCCCACAUUAUCUUAAUUUUUUCAUAAUAAUGAACCCUCAACAAGAAUCGGAAUUUGAUUCUGGUGCUCUCAAACCUUAUUAUGGAAAGUUGUUUCCUUUUGCUGAUAUCUUUAAAUGGAUGUCUUAUGGCCAUGACGGGAAACAUCCUGGGUGUGAUCAGUCCUACUUUGGAAGAAGGGAAUUUUCCUUCACUCUGAAAGGUGAUAUUUAUCUGCGAUUCCAAUCUUACAACAAUGCCGCCGAACUUGAAAACUCCAUCAAAGACAAAUGCCCUUUAAAGAUUGACAUUGGACCUGUCUACACAGUUGAUCCUGCAAAAAGGCAUGCCUAUGCACAGGGUGGUAAUAAUGUCUUCACUCCAGUUGAGAGGGAGUUGAUUUUUGAUAUAGAUAUGACAGAUUAUGAUGAUGUUAGAUACUGCUGCGAGGGUGCUGAUGUUUGCUUGGAUUGCUGGCCAUUGAUGACCAUAGCCAUCAAAGUGAUUGAUACUUCCUUAAGAGAUGAAUUUGGUUUUAAGCAUAUACUCUGGGUCUAUAGUGGACGUAGAGGUGUUCAUUGUUGGGUGUGUGAUGGGAAGGCAAGAAGGUUGACAAAUGAGCAAAGAUCUGCUAUUGCUGAAUAUUAUCGUGUUUACAAGGGCAAUGAAAAUAGUCAGAAGAAGGUUUCUUUGACUGGUGGCGCUCUUCAUCCUUUCUUGGCGACAUCAUACACCAAUGUCCUCAAGGACUAUUUUGAGAAAAAACUGCUUACAAAUCAAAACUUACUUGCUACUGAGGAGAGAUAUGAGAAGAUCCUAAGCAUGAUUCCUGAUGAAUCUAUUGCUUCUGAACUUAGGGGAAGAUGGCAAGAUAAUAGACGGUCCUCUAGUGCAAAAGAAGAUAUUAAUGUUGUGCGAUGGGAACAGUGCAAGCAGUUGCUGCAAUCUGGAAAGCAUAAGGGGUUGCGGAGAUGUGUUGAAGAAAUUGUGUUUUCCUUUACUUACCCCAGGCUAGAUAUGGAGGUUUCAAAACAUAUGAAUCAUUUGCUUAAAGCACCGUUUUGUGUACAUCCAAAAACAGGUCGUGUCUGUGUCCCUAUUGACCCAAAUCGGUGUGACGAGUUUGAUCCUACUACAGUACCCACCCUUUUCCAGCUUCUAGAGGAGAUUAAUAAUGAAGGCUUGAGAGCUGAUGUUAAUGGUGAAUGGAGUGGAACUUCUCUUGGAAAUUCUGUCAGGCUUUUCAGAUCUUCAUUCUUGGAACCUUUGCAGAAAGCCUGCAAGGAGGAUAUAGAAAGAUCCUAUAAUCUGAAGUUGCAGCAGUCAAAGAACUCCAUAGGUUGGUAGUGCAAUACAUCCUUGAUUAGACAUGUAGAGCUUGAGGUCAAAUGGGGUCACUACAUCUGCAGUUGUCUCAGUUAAAAGGAUAAUAUUUGUGCUAAUUAUUAAAUUUUAAAGAGGCCCUUUGCAUCCUUUUGUAUUUUUAAAAAACUUGAAACUCUGAUUUGUUUCUCACUACAACCUUUAAUUUGUUUCUCGUUAAAGGCAGUCAAUUUGAGUUUAUUGUAUAUAAUUUGGAUGAGAAAAGGAAAUCUAGGUUCGCUUUAUCUAUAUAAUUAUAUGUAUCUUCUCGA